AUGACGUUCUGUGACGGAAGAGAAGCCGACGAUGUCUCUCGUCGCGCCAGCAGCUGGCAGGUUGACGGCUGGACAGUGUCUGCUGCCGACAAGCGAGAGCCUUGGGGUCUAUUCGGCAAUCAACUGGACGAAGACGAAGCGGCGGACGAGGCAGAGAUGAGGGACUUGUUUGCACAGCAGCUUACGGACGUGCCUCUGGACUUAAUGAAUCGACUCUCGUGGGAUGUCUCGAGUCAGGCUUCGAGUGAAGGAGACGAAGGAACGUGCGAGUUCGUGCCGCCAUUGCAUCGUCUGCCACUUCCAGUCGACACGACACUCGAAGUCGAUCAGCUGCAGUGGGGUCUCGUCUCGCCGUGCUCGGACACGUCGUCGCCUCGAUCUCCUGUCUUGACAUCGUCUUUGGUUCGCCAGCUAAUGGGUUCCGAGCCUGAGCUCGAAGUUAUGGACGAGCUGCUGGAAGUGGAGGAUCCUCUCAAUGUUGAGGCGGAGGACGAGGUGACGGCGACAUGUGACUCGGAGAUGUGCUGGGUACCUGAAGUCGGCAGCGUCUUGUCAUCACCUGCAAUCACUCAAGUGCUGGUGAACCCGUUCGAGGAUAGUCCACCUACUGAUCCGGCAGAGACUCAUAACCAGUCAAUCAACGAAGUCAGCGGCGAUUGUGACGAAGCCAAGAAACCGCGUCGCCCGAGCGUCUUACCUCGAGUUUCCAUCGCUGCGCACUGGAGACGACCCACAGCCCGAACGUGCUCAGGAGCGGGAUUGGCGCCGAUGUCUGUUGCUACACUUAAGGCGCGUGCACGCUCAGUGUCACGUGCUCGGAACCAAACUGUCGUCGCUAACGACAAAGACGACGACGGCGACUUUUCCAGCGAUGAUGAAGGGUAUGCACCAGAGUCGAGCCGCUGCAGCGCGGACAAUGAGAUGGAGUCUCGUCACGCGGGGCAGUGGCGACGAGCAAGUGUGAGCUUUGCGAGUCGUCGGCUAAGCGUGAGCGUUAGUAUGAAACCAGCUCAAGUGACUAAACACCUGCAGGAAGCGAUGGACAAGUUGAAUGGUCAGUUGCACUUGCUACGAUCAGGUUCGCGUGCUUCGACAGUCAUGAGUGAGGAGAGCUAUCUCGAGAGUCCGGCUUAUCAAGAGGUGACGGCCUCCCCGACUCGUGCAUCCAGUAUCCGCUUGGACGAUGAUGCAACGCCAAUGCGUCUUGCAAGCGCAGGCACCGCUGAGAGCGACAAACAACAUUCGACGCGUCAGCAGAAACUGCGUGCAGGCGUGUUCAAGGCUGCUGGGCUUCUGAAUGUUGUGUCAGCUGAAGCCGCACGGAAGCUCAAGUCGCGUGGCUUCCGUGCUAGGCAGAAGGCCGCGAGUGAGACAGAGGAAGAAGAUUCAGGGUUUGCGUCACCGUAUUCCGGUACGCUGGACAUUUGA